UCCUCUGUGCACCUUCACAUCUCCUCUCUAUUGUGUCUUUUCUCCCCCGAGUUCACAAACACAAUUUGCUGCUAGCCUGGGGAACUUACAGACAAAAUCCAACAACAACACCAUCAGCAUGCCCAACAGCAGCAAGAAGAAAAGGGCAUGGGAAGAAGAGAAAGAGCGGCUAUUGAACUUGUCACAAGAACAGAGGCGCCAAGAGCUGAGUAGAAAUUACAUUAUACUGAAUGAUAUUCCAACAUGGCUUAAUCAAAAUGGAGACACACCAGCAGAAGAUGACAAUCAAAAAAUAAACAGCUUGUGUGGCAAAGUGUCGCUCUACAAAGGAGACAUUACCCAACUUGAAGUAGACGCCAUCGUCAAUGCAGCAAACUCGAGUCUUCUUGGAGGUGGUGGAGUGGAUGGCUGUAUACACCGAGCUUCAGGGCCUAAUCUCAUGGCUGAAUGUCGUUCAUUGGGAGGCUGCCCUACGGGACAAGCUAAAAUUACCUGCGGGUAUCAGCUACCAGCAAAAUAUGUUAUUCACACUGUGGGGCCUAUUGCAAGAGGACAGCUAAACGAUAACCAUAAAAAGGACCUUGAAAGUUGUUACAAGUCUUCACUGGCACUGGCAAAAGAGUACAAAAUCAGAUCAAUAGCUUUUCCCUGCAUUUCUACAGGAAUUUAUGGAUUUCCAAAUGAGCCAGCAGCUAAUAUAGCCUUGAACACAACCAAAGAAUGGUUGAUGGAAAAUCAAGAUGAGAUAGACCGCAUAAUAUUCUGUGUAUUUUUGGAGAUUGAUGACAGAAUCUACAGAAAGAAAUUGGCAGAGUUUUUUCCUAAAGAAUUGGAUGAAAAGAAUGUACAUUCACCUCCUUCAAAGAAAAGUAAAGCCAAGAAAGAAGAUGAGUCUACUGCUAAAGAAUCAGAUGACAUAAAGGAAACUGGUCAUGAAUCAGAUGAUGAAAGUAAAAUUAAAGCACCCGGCCCUGAAUCAGGUGAUUAUGAGAUUGCAAUAAUGAAUAUCACAGAGGACAUGGCAGACCAAGAAGAAGACGUUAGCAUGAAAGGAUCUGUCCUAGAAUCAGUGGAAGACUCAGAGGGAGAUCCCCUGAAAGACCCGGGUGGCGAUCAUGUGUAUGAGCCAGUUUACAAAGAUUUUACCUGA